AUGCUUGCGUCGUGUCUUUUCUUGACUCUUUCUCUCACUCCUACCCUCACUCUCUCACUCCUACCCUCACUCUCUCACUCCUACCCUCACUCUCCCACUCCUACCCUCACUCUCCCACUCCUACCCUCACUCUCUCACUCCUACCCUCACUCUCUUCACUCCUACUCUCACUCUCUCACUCCUACCCUCACUCUCCCACUCCUACCCUCACUCUCCCACUCCUACCCUCACCCUCCCACUCCUACCCUCACUCUCUCACUCCUACCCUCACCCUCUCACGCCUACCCUCACUCUCUCACUCCUACCCUCAAUCGUAUCACUUACCUCAGGUGCUUCUCAGGUGAAUCCUCAGGUGCUUCUCAGGUGAAUCCUCAGCUGAAGCAGCCAUUACCAGAGCUGAAGCAGCCAUUACCAGAGCUGAAGCAGCCACUACCAGAGCUGAAGCAGCCACUACCAGAGCUGAAGCAGCCAUUACCAGAGCUGAAGCAGCCAUUACCAGAGCUGAAGCAGCCAUUACCAGAGCUGAAGCAGCCAUUACCAGUGCUGAAGCAGCCACUACCAGUGCUGAAGCAGCCAUUACCAGAGCUGAAGCAGCCAUUACCAGAGCUGAAGCAGCCAUUACCAGAGCUGAAGCAGCCAUUACCAGAGCUGAAGCAGCCAGACUUCACGACUCACCAGGGCUGA